GGCCAUUGUAUAAACCUAAGCCCAAAUGUAAAGAAACUGAAUAAAAACGCCUAGCUAGGGUUUAUAUUACGGUGCGUUUCGUUGCUCUUUCAAGUUUCAGCCGCUUCUUCUCUCUACUAUCUUUCUCUACAAAUCAGAUGGCACCUAAGAAAGAAAAGGCACCUCCUCCAUCCUCUAAGCCAGCUAAAUCUGGCGGUGGCAAACAGAAAAAGAAGAAGUGGAGCAAAGGAAAGCAAAAGGAGAAGGUGAAUAACAUGGUGUUGUUCGAUAAGCCAACUUAUGAUAAGCUUCUCUCUGAAGCUCCCAAGUUCAAGCUUAUCACUCCUUCCAUCCUUUCUGAUCGUUUGAGGAUCAAUGGAUCACUUGCUAGGAGGGCAAUUGCAGAUUUGAUGUCAAGGGGUUUGAUCAGGAUGGUAUCUACCCAUUCAAGCCAGCAGAUUUAUACCAGGGCUACAAACACUUAGGUGUUCCAAUUGUUUGCAUCAAAUGUACCUGGCUUUUAAUGAGCUGAAAGAUAUUUUAUAAAAAAAGAUUCUGCUCUCAUGUCUGAUUUAGCUUUAGCUUUACAUGUCACUAUUCCAGAAGAUGGUCCUCAGCUUUAGAUUAAGUGUCUGCAAUUUUCAAGUGUUUUUGUCUGUAAUGGUGGGAUUUGUGGAAUUCUGAGAACUGCUGUUUGGCGUCUGCUAUUAGAAAUUUGAAUGCAAAUCAGUGUUUUGGAUUA